UUUUUAACAUUUCAUCAAAUUUUGGGGACUAACAAACACAGUUUGGGAGUCCAACCACGACAGGCGGCUGCCUGAGGGCGGUGGAUCGGACGUUCCACCAAUCACAGGGCAGCACCGACUUAUAUAAACCCGGGCCGGCGCAAGACAGCAUUGCAAAACUUGCUCUUUGGAAUUUGAGUUUCUCUCCUUCUAGCAGGUUCUCCCAUCGCAAUGUCGGAAACCGCUCCUGCUGAGACGGCCGCCCCGGCGCCGGUGGAGAAGUCUCCUGCCAAGAAGAAAACAACCAAGAAGACCGCGAGCGGCGGAGCGGCGAAGCGCAAGGCUACCGGGCCCCCAGUUUCCGAGCUGAUCACUAAGGCUGUCGCCGCCUCCAAAGAGCGCAAUGGCCUUUCUUUGGCUGCGCUCAAGAAGGCGCUGGCAGCCGGGGGCUACGAUGUGGAGAAGAACAAUAGCCGCAUCAAGCUGGGUCUCAAGAGCCUGGUGAGCAAGGGCACACUGGUGCAGACCAAGGGCACCGGGGCUUCUGGCUCUUUCAAGCUCAACAAGAAGGCGGCUGCUGGGGAAGCCAAGCCCAAAACCAAAAAGGCGGGGGCUGCGAAAGCGAAGAAACCCGCAGGGGCCACACCUAAGAAACCCAAAAAGGCUGCGGGAGCGAAAAAAGCCGUUAAGAAGACGCCUAAGAAGGCGAAAAAGCCCGCGGCCUCUGGUGUCAAAAAAGUGGCCAAGAGCCCCAAGAAGGCCAAAACAGCGGCAAAGCCAAAGAAGGCUGCUAAAAGCCCCGCGAAGCCCAAGGCAGUGAAGCCAAAGGCGGCGAAACCCAAAACCUCCAAGCCUAAGGCAGCAAAACCCAAAGCUGCAAAGGCGAAGAAGGCGGCUCCUAAGAAGAAGUAGAAAGUUGGCGCUUGAGAAGCAAACCCCAAAGGCUCUUUUCAGAGC